AUGGCUUCACCUAGACCUCAGAGCCCACGGGACACCCGAAGCCCCGAUCGUGACCUGGCACAACAUCCAACACUCAACCUCCGACUGCACCGAACAGAGACCAGAGCCACGUUACAGGAACUAGGCGUCUCAGAAUCAUCUCCCCAGAUAGACCCCAACUACCCAGUACUCAACCGGCCUCAGAGUCCCAUCUUUCCGGAGGAGUAUACUCUCGAGACCGCAACGGGUCUCGUCCCGCAAGCUACGCUCGAGCAGAUCCGUACCAGAGCCUCGACAGUCGCCACUCGAAGACGCACAAGUUCUAGUGUCAGUCCUGAUCUCGAAAAACGAGGCGUUGAAGAACCCGUUGAAUUCGUCACCUUCACAAUUGGAGACACAGAGAACCCGCACAACUGGAACCGCCGAUUUCGAUGGUACAUCACACUGGUAGCGUCCGGCCUGGUCGUCUGCAUCGCAUUCGGCUCUUCAGUCAUCACGGGCGGGCUUGGCCUGGUUGAGGAGAAAUACAAUGUCUCAUUGGAAGUCGCCAUUCUCACCUGCUCGAUCAUGGUCCUGGGCUUCGCCGUGGGCCCAUUACUGUGGUCACCACUGUCGGAAAUCAUUGGUCGACGCCCUGUCUAUAUCAUCUCACUGGCACUUUACACCAUCUUCAACAUCCCUUGCGCAUUGUCUCCCAAUAUCGGCGGCCUUCUCACAGCUCGCUUUCUCUGCGGUGUCUUUUCCAGCUCAGGCCUGUCCCUUGCUGGCGGCACCAUUGCGGAUAUCUGGAACAUCGAAGAGCGUGGCAUGGCUAUAGCAUACUUUGCGGCCGCUCCGUACGCAGGUCCCGUCAUCGGCCCCAUCGUCGGUGGGUGGAUCAACGUCGGCACGCACCGCCUGUCGCUGAUCUUCUGGGUGAACCUUGCGUUCGCGGGACUGAUGCUUGUGCUCAUGGCUCUCAUUCCGGAGACGUACGCCCCAGUCAUUCUGAAGCGCCGUGCCGCCCGUCUGCGAAAGGAAACAGGCGACCUGAACAUCAUCACGGAACAGGAAAAGACCAAACUCACCUUCAACGAGAUUGUCAAAACCAGUCUUAUCAGGCCGAUCACGAUGAUCUUGACCGAGCCUGUUUUGGAUCUGAUGUGCAUGUACGUUGUGCUCAUCUACGCCAUGUUGUACGCCUUCUUCUUCGCCUACCCGGUCAUCUUUGGCGAACUCUACGGCUACAAUGACGGGCUCAUCGGUCUCAUGUUCAUCCCCAUCAUUAUCGGUGCGGCCUUUGCCGUAGUCGCGACCCCUCAAUUCGAGAAGCAGUUCAAACGCACGUGUGCGCAGAGGGCUCCCACCGCCGAGGAUCGCCUCCUUGGCGCCAUGGUCGGGGCGCCUUUCAUCCCAAUCUCCCUCUUCAUCCUGGGAGCAACAUCCUACAAACACAUCAUCUGGGUCGGACCGGCCAGCUCAGGGCUCGCGUUCGGCUUCGGCAUGGUUCUCUGCUACUAUUCGGUCAACAACUACAUCAUCGACUCUUACCAGAAGUAUGCGGCCAGCGCUCUGGCUGCGAAGGUGUUCCUCAGAAGCGGUGGCGGUGCAGCUUUCCCGCUGUUUACCACCCAGAUGUAUCAUACGUUGGGACUGCAGUGGGCCAGCUGGCUGUUGGCCUUUAUUGGCGUCGGGAUGUUCUUCAUUCCUUUUGGAUUCUACUUCUUCGGGGCGGCGAUCCGGGCGAAACUGAACAAGGAAGAAGUCGAGGAGUAUGAGAAGAAUGGACCUGUGGCUCCAGCCUCGUCAUAG